CUUCAAGGACUGGACGAGCAAUCCAGGGCAUUGUGACUGCCUGCACACCCAGCAGAAACACUUCAGCUCUUCAGUCUGGCCACUUCAGCUGGCUGAUGGUUUGUUCUCAUCGCUGUGCAUCCCUGUCUCAGAAAAGUAAUCCCUUCUGUGGGAGGGACGCAUGCUUGGUGUGUGCUGUGUUCUGGUGGGAGGCUGUAAGGCUGAGAAGUUUGUCAUUGAAGUGUAGGUGAAGGAAAUGAUGGUUGCGUUCAGGCAAUUCUUGGCAGGGGGAGAUGGUAGAGAGUAGGAGUGGUUUAGGCAAUGGAAGUUGGGCUGAGGGAUGAGUGAGAAUGGUGGCAGGCUGUCAAUGAAGAUGCACUGAGCUGAGGGAUGUGAGAUUGAGGCUGAAGGAGAUCUGAAAGUGAGGCAGACCUGGAGCAAGGGAAAAGUGAUUUAACUGGGGGUUGUUUUGGCUGUAUUUCCAAAGAGGCUGAAUCCAUCUGGGAUGAACAGUUAGGCAAAAACUCACUUUAUUAAGCCACCAUGACAGCUGUAGUAGUGGCUGUAGUGUCUUGGUGCUCUCACAGAGCCCUGUCUGCAAGGAGGAGUGCAUGGAAUUGACCUGCAGGAAUCCCUCCUCCCUGCAAGCAGUGCUGCAGUCACACAGCAGCGCUCUCAGCACUGUAUGUAUGUGCUGUGCAUUAAGGGCAGAACUGUGCUGUAAGUUCAGCGUGGCGUCCUCUGUGUGUGUAAGCUGAAAUGAAAAUGCAGAAGAAAGAGCAUGUGACUUAGCACUAAUGUGGGCUCUUGGUUCUCUUCAUCUGCAAGCUAAUUUUACAGAGAUUUUGUGCAAAUGACAUCGUUUUUAUUGAACACUGAGGAGUUGCAUUUGUAGAAGAAUGAGUUUAAUUACCAAAAAUGCAUAUGGGUGCCUUGUUUUUGUAUUGACAAAUCCUAUAUAUUUUGCAAGGGCAUGAUUUCUUACCUGACUAAAUGUUUCAGAAACAUUCCUCCUCUUUUAAUUUGAAUCUACGGAGUAAUGUAAAUUUUAUAUGUCUGUCUGCAAUGAACAUUUUUGGUACAACUGUUUUUUGCUGGUUAAUAAUUAGACCAAAGAUUGAAGUGUUCAGCUGCUAUUUUUUUUUUCCAAAAAGUGUUAAUAGGCUCAAAAGAUCCAUUCGAAGGCAUUCUUUUCCUAUUUAAUACCAAAUUACAUUUGCACUUUUGUUGUUUCCAUGAAGUUGGUGUUCUUAUUUUAAUACUUCACUGUAGUAAUAAACAGCUGUUGUAACGCAUCCGUGCCUCGAGAUUUAAAUCCCUUCGUGUUGUUUUGCUUUUGUUGUUUAGUAAAAGCAACUUGCAACCAUAAAGGUUUCUCUGAAGGUUUAUGUGCUCUUUAGGAGGAGACUGCUGCAGUGGCAGAGCCAUGUUGAACCAGGAAGUCCACGCCUUGGAGCUGUGCAGAGAUACGGGAGGAGUGCUGAGUGUGGCUGGCACGGGCAGUGGUGGUGUGGAGCUCUGAGUCGGAGCACAUUGGGUUUGUGGCCGUGUUGCUCUGAGGUUAGGGAGGCAGCGGUUCUUGUUUCCCUGGUUCCCAUUUCAGGUUGCUGCACAAAAUCUGCUUUUCCUGGUGCUUCAUGAUGAGUUAGGACUUCAUUUCACAGCAUCCCUGUGAGCCCUUCUGUCCCAAAGUGCACAAGUUGCACUUUUUUCCAUAUUUAAUAACUCCCACUGAAGCCAGCAGGAACUGCGUGAAUGGACCAGCAAGUUACCUGUCCUUUGCUGCUCUUAGGUAAGAUACCAACAUUACAUAUUUGUAGCUUGUGCUAAUGCUCCCUACUGAAGAAUGGAAUAGCAGCGAGAUCUCUGCUUUUUAAAUCAUUAAAUUAAAGCUAUGCUGAAAGUAACCAUCUCCAGGUCUUUGUGUGCCUGCCUCCUACCUUGCAGGCAGUAGCUUCUCUAGGAGGGGCAGCAAAGACUUCUGGAGAGCUCUGAGGAUGUCCAGCUAACGGGCUCCUCACUUGUAAGGAUUUAAAAACUAACCAUUGCUACUGGCAGCACUCAGCCACCCAACUCAGUGCUGGGGAAGUGCAUGUAGAUCUUCACCUCUUUAAUAAAAAUGAUCUCAUAUGAAUAUCUUCCUUUAGAAGCAAUAACAAUCCUCUCCUCUGCAGCAUUUCUCUGCUUGAACCCUGAGUGUCCAUUAAGCAGAAAAUCAUCAAAGAAACACAGGAGUUUCUUUUCAUGAUAAAUCUGUUAUUAACCAAGAACUAACUGGCCUAAGGACUUGCAUGUGUGGUGUUCAAAGAAAAAACUGUUUGCAUCCAACUCGUUGGAUAGAUUGUUUGAAAUCUUUCCACUCCUGUGCAAAUACCUCCCUUGUAAUGCAGCCAAGGUCAGUCCUGAACUGCUGAUUAAGUACUGCUAAUGCAAGUUAAAGCUGCCUGGAGGGGAAGGACUCUUGUGCGUGCAUCUGAUUUUCACAGGGCUGCAAAGGAGUUCAGGAUAGCAAUACUGAUUCAGAGCCUUGGAAAAUGUCUGUGUACUCAAGUUACAGGCCUGCAUUUCUUGAAACCCCCGGGUUUUUUUCCCCUUACCAGGACUGAAGCUGCACACACACAACAGUUGGUGCUGAGGCUGGGUGUGAUAAGGGCUUGGAAGAGCUGUCACGGUAGUAAUGGUCUUCUACAGGUUUCUCUCCCUCCUACAAAGAGUUCGCACCAUGAUAAAAGAGAUGGAGGUAAGGAGUUGACAAGACGGUGCCAGUGUGGGAUAACUGGUUUUAAAAGACAAGCACCACUGGAAACGCAGGCCCUCCGGCCAGGCUCACGCAUGCUGAGGAGCGCUGCGGCGUUUCCUGGUUCCUGCCGGCACGCAGAGGCAGCGGCCGCGCUUUGUGUGAGCCAUGGGAGCAGAGCUGCAGAGGAAGUGACUCAUCCCGCUGUGCUGUGCGACGUGCUUAGGGAUACACCACCGGGCUUCUUGGAAACGCAGCCUGCAGGCCUGCUGCGGGCAGUGAGUCCUGGGGCGCUGUGUGUGCCCGGGGUGAGCGGCUGCUGCUGCUGCUGGUGGCUGCGGGGAGUGUGGCAGCGUGGCUUUGGAGCAGCUGGGUUUGCCUCGUACUGCUGGGGGCUGGCUGAAGUGCGAUCGGAAAAGGAGAAAUUGGCUCAUCGUAAGGAUUCUGAAUCAUGGGCACUUCUCCAAAAAGUGUUUCUGUUCAGGGGCUGGAGGUGCUUUCCCAGAAGCUGUCAGGACUCACCAGCCCUCUGCGCCCUGCCUGAGCCGAUGAAAAGGGCCAAAUGCUAAAACAGAAUAAAACCAACGGGAGGGAGUCGAGGGAAACAAAGCACCAUCAGAAGGCUCCAGGAAGCCGAUGAGCCCCUAUGUCUGCUUUUAUGUCAGCGUGGUGUUUUCCAGAGCGUGUGAGCAUGCGGGGAAGCUCUGGUUGAGGCAGCCGGGAGGCGCGGCACUGUGCGGCACAGCCCGCUGCUGCGUGCUGACAGCGUCGGUCCCUCUCUGUGUCUUCUCGGUGCUGCCCUUGUAGGGGGUGACCAAUUAAAGUGGAUUGGCCUUAGCUGUA